GAGGAGAGGGAUUUGAAUCGAGAGAGAGAAGCGAGAACAAUAAUGGAUCCAGAGCAAAUCAACGAGUUCGUUGUUGGUUACUUGAAGAAGAAAGGAUUCAAUAGCGCUGCUAAAGACCUUGAAUCUUAUCAUCACCACAACAACAAUGGUAGCAGUUUCACUUCUACCGAUUAUCAGAACGAUCCUGACCUCACCAAACUCAUCCGCUCCUUUUCUCAACAAGAAGAUGAUCCUACUCGGUACCGUGAGGGUUACAGCAAUCUAAGGUCAUGGGCUUAUAACUCACUAGAUUUAUAUAAGCAUGAAUUGCUUCGAGUUAUGUAUCCUGUGUUUAUUCAUUGUUACAUGGAUUUGGUGGGAAAAGGGCACACUCAAGAAGCGAGAGGCUUUUUUAACAGCUUCCGUAAAGAUCAUGAGAUGGUACACUUACGGGAUCUUCAGAAAUUGGAAGGUGUUCUUGCUCCAUCUCAUCUAGAGGAGAUGGAGUUUGCUCGGUCUCUUAGAAAAAGCAAGGUCAACAUCAAGAUUUCUAAGUAUUCAUAUGAUCUGUUAAUUCAGUAUCUACAAAGGACAAAAUCGACUUUAAUGCUUGGUAUUAUUAACGAGCACAUCAAUUUCCAAGUCUACUCAGGACAACCUAAUUCCUCAUCCGAUGACAUAGAAGCUGUCACCAUUUUCGGUAGUUUUCAGGACACAGCUAAUCACAUUAAUCAAAAAGAAAUUCAGUGGGGAUUGCUUGAAGACUCGCUAGAAGAUCGCCUUGAGAAGACAGGAGGUCUGCUGUCUGAUUCUGAGAAGGGACAAGGAGAAAGUAAAGACGGGGAUGCAGAUGAUAGUAAGAAAAGAUCCUCUGAAAUUGGAAAGCAAGGCUCUUCCUUAAAAAAGUUAAAGAAGGACAAAGCGGGAAAUGCAACAGCAAAAGUUGCACGUCUGGAGACCAUUACGGUGCCACCGGCCCCACGUGUAAAACCAGAACUUGCCUUGCCAGUAAUGUCUACAGACGUAGAGCAAUCCAUCCUUGAAGACCUGAGAAACCGUGUACAGUUGAGCAGUGUCGCAAUGCCUUCAGUCAGCUUUUAUACACUUGUGAAUACUCAUAACGGGUUAAACUGUUCAUCUAUAUCUCAUGAUGGAUCUCUGGUUGCUGGUGGGUUCUCAGAUUCAUCAAUAAAGGUCUGGGACAUGGCUAAGAUAGGACAAGCUGGCAGUGGUGUUUUGCAGGGUGAAAAUGAUACAAAUGAUCAAAUCAUGGGACCAAAUGGCAGAAGAAGUUAUACAUUAUUACUGGGUCAUUCAGGGCCAGUUUACUCGGCCACUUUCAGUCCCCCUGGAGAUUUUGUUCUAUCUUCUUCAGCAGAUACAACAAUUCGACUGUGGAGCACAAAACUAAAUGCCAAUCUCGUGUGCUACAAGGGUCAUAAUUACCCUGUAUGGGAUGUUCAGUUUAGCCCUUUUGGUCAUUACUUUGCAAGCUGUUCUCAUGAUCGUACUGCACGGAUUUGGUCAAUGGACCGAAUUCAACCUCUUCGGAUAAUGGCAGGGCAUCUAUCUGAUGUUGAUUGUGUACAGUGGCAUCCCAAUUGUAACUUCAUUGCAACCGGUUCUAGUGAUAAGACGGUUAGACUCUGGGAUGUGCAAACUGGGGAGUGUGUCCGGAUAUUCAUUGGGCACAGGAGUAUGGUCUUAUCAUUGGCGAUGUCUCCAGAUGGGAGAUAUAUGGCCUCCGGUGAUGAAGAUGGCACCAUAAUGAUGUGGGACCUCUUAUCAGCUCGCUGCAUCACUCCUCUCAUGGGCCAUAAUUCAUGUGUCUGGAGUCUCUCUUACAGCGGCGAGGGCUCUCUUCUGGCUUCUGGAUCUGCAGACUGCACAGUGAAACUGUGGGACGUCACCUCAAGUACCAAAUCAACAAAGGCCGAGGAAAAGAAUGGGAACUCCAACAGGUUGCGCUCACUCAGGACUUUCCCCACCAAGUCCACACCAGUUCACGCUCUCAGAUUUUCUCGGAGAAAUUUGUUGUUUGCUGCAGGAGCACUCUCUAAACCCGCAAGCUGAUCAAAACAAUGGUAUCAGAUAUUUGUACUCUUAACAUUCAUACAAGCUGUUGUAGAUCAGAAGAAAUCAGGUGUAGAAUA